ACGAGUAACGUGCUGUGUUUUUUCUCACCCGCAGGAUGUAAGUGCCAUGUUAAUGAUGAUGGAUAUCCACCCAGGAGACACCGUUUUGGAAACUGGCAGUGGGUCUGGAGCUAUGAGCUUGUUUCUGUCAAAAGCAGUUGGGCCCAAAGGACGUGUUAUAAGUUAUGAAAUCAGAGACGAUCAUCAUAAUUUAGCUAAGAAGAAUUACAGGCACUGGCGUGCUGCAUGGGAAAUAGGACACAUGGAAGAGUGGCCAGAUAACGUGGAUUUCAUUCUUAAAGACAUUUCAACAGCUGCUGCGGAUAUGAAAUCUCUAACACUUGAUGCAAUAGUACUGGAUAUGCUUGACCCUCAGUCUGCUCUGCCUGUGGUACACCCAAGUCUGAAACAGGGUGGUGUGUGUGCUGUGUAUUUAGCAAACAUCACACAGGUUAUUGACCUUUUAGACACAAUACGGACCUGCAAGCUGCCUUUUUUGUGUGAAAAGAUCAUUGAGGUAACUCAUAGAAACUGGUUGGUACUCCCUGCUAAAAUCAAGAAUUGCAAAUCAAGACAAAUGGUGGAAACACAAGAAAAUAGUGAAGAACCACCUCAAAAGGAACACGAAGAAACCCACAUUCAGGAUCAAGUAGUACUUAAAGAAAGUGAAUACAAUGAAUCACUUUCUGACAACGCUGAAACAUACUGCUCGGUGCCUUACAUUGCCAGACCAUCUUGUUGGCAGGAU